AUGCUUUAUAUAUUUGUUCUUGAUCGCUUAAAUAGAUUUGUCGAAACUGUCGUUUUUUAUUGUUUCAGGCUUUCAGAUGUCAAAACAAUGGCGGACCGCAUUAUUCAGAUGCGGCGUAGACUAGUUGAGCUACUUAAUCACGCUGGUUCCGUUCAUAAUUGGCGUCAUAUUACCGAUCAGAUUGGCAUGUUCUGUUAUUCUGGCCUCAAGCCUCAUCAGGUUGAGAGGCUUACUAAAGAAUUCUCAAUUUACUUGACAAAGGAUGGCCGGAUUAGCAUAGCAGGUGUCUCAAACAAAAACGUUGAAUACGUGGCAAAUGCUAUCCACGAGGUGACCAAAUAA